UGCAUCACAGGAAAUUAAAGCGUAUCAGGUCACAUUUUACUGGCAAAGCUCCUCUUCUCGUUCCUUCUCAUAGACUUAAAAGUCUCUGCACCAAAAUUAAAGGAGUGCAUUAAGGGCACAGUUCUACGACAACCCAUGUUAUCCGACUCUCUCGUAAACUCUCUCUUGAUCCCGUUUGCCAAGCAAUCUAGAUGUUCAGAUGUGGAGCAGCAGGACCAAAGUGGACGUGCUGUUUCGACGCGGGUUUUGCUCUGGGAUAAAUCCCAGCCUUACGGAGCGAGACCUUGGCAGCAGUCUCGAUACGACCCUACCUCGAGAAGCAUGAUACUUGUUGCAGGCUUGUCUGUUAUUCCUCUAUCAAGCACCCCGGGUAAAAACACCCGUUGGCUAGGGGCUAUCGUGGCUGGCCACCACAAGUUGACCAGCUGCGCGGCAACCGAAUACGUUGUCAAUGUUGUGCUUGUGCCAGCGGUGGCGUUUGUGCUGCACUGUUUAAGUUAGGGGCUGUGCUUGCUGCCACUAGCUCAAAUCCCGCGGAAAACCUCUUGGUCUAGGCGCUGCCUCCCUUUGGAGCUUUGAUCGAUCUGGAGCUUCAAUGAGCGCAUUGGAGGGUCUCGUGUAGGGCGAAAAGGCCAUAGAUGUUGCUAACCCAACGCGCCCAGACUAUUGCCCGUUCCGUCGGCGGGCUAGGCCAAACUCUCUCGGCGAUAUAUAACCCUCGGAGGCGUUUGCUGUACUCCCUCCAACCCUCGUGAUGGUAUUCGUCACCGAUCGACGUCAAUAUUCGCCAGCCUCUCUAUCUUCUCACCUACCCCCUUUUUUUUUCUUUAGUUUGCCCCUCUUCUCUUCUGCAUACGUAUCUAUCUGUUGGUAGCGGGCUCUACCAGAAAUCUAUUCAUUACUUAUAGUCUUAGUAUAUUUCCUUAUUCCCCCGCAUAGACGGCAUCUCCUCGAGCUCCUAGCGCGCAUAGCCAACCUGCUCUAGAUAUUGCCCACCAUGAAUUUGCGAACAGUCACAGGCUCUGCAUCGAGCAUUCUCCUGAUACUCUCAUCCAUCCAUGUCGCUGUUGCCGACCUCCCCUUGGUGAGCGACUCCAAGUGUGGUUGUUACGUCACCAACGGCAGCAAUUCAGCUUUUUUUACUAGCCACCGCUUCUAUGAUUUCCGAUCCCUGUCGCAAUAUGUCGGGUCCGGAAUCCCUGACGCUCCAAGCAGCUCCCCUCAGGCGGCUUCCAACGCUUCGAUAACGAGCGGCUACUUCAACACCUCGGCCUUCACCGACGACUGGUCUAUCAUGACUUGGAACAACAGCGCAUCUGUGGGAGGCGAUGCCGCGAUUCUGAUGGUCAACUCUCCCACCAACCUCUUCAUCCAGAAGAAUAACGACACGGAUGCCGAUAGCGAUACGUAUUUGACAAUGCGCACAGCGCGCAACGAGGACUUUCAGUCGGCGUCGGAAAUCGAAUCCAACUCGAAUCGGUACAGGUUCGUGUCGAUGCGUAUGUUGGCUCGCACCACGGGAGCUCCGGGUGCCUGCACAGCCCUCUUCACCUACCGCAGCGCCAAGGACUACGCAGACGUGCAGGAGGCCGACAUCGAGGUCCUGACAAAGGACCCCACAGAUAAGAUCAUGUACACCAACCAGCCGUCCUAUGUCAAGGUUGGAAACGACACCCAGAACAUACCGGAAUCCAACAUCAACGGCACAGCCCCCGUGGACUGGACCCAGUGGUCGGUUCACAGGCUCGAUUGGACGCCGUUGAGGACAACUUGGUAUGUCGACGGGCGGCAGGUUGCCUCCAUCUCGUUUCAGACACCUCGCGAUGCCAGCCGCAUCAAUCUGAACUCGUGGAGCGACGGUGGCGAUUGGACGGGUCUGAUGGACGUUGGCAAGGAGGCUCGCAUGCAGAUCAAGUGGCUCGAGAUGGUCUUUAACCAGACCAGCUCCGGGACCAGCAGAAUGCGACCUCGGGACCACACAGGCAACAGUGGCAGAGGAAGUGGCAAUGGUAACUCUGGAGGCGCCUCGGACUCAGGGUCUACCGAGGGACUGAGCGAUGGGAAGUGCAGGACGGUAUGCAGUAUCGACGACACCGACCAAAGGGGCAUGGCAGCCGUUGUAGCCGAUGGUGGCGCCGCCACUCUCAAGCUGGCCGCCUGGAUCCCGAUCUCCGUGGCCUUGGUUACAAUGGCAGCUUCAAUGUUUUAGCCGGCGAAGUCGAUCGUUCUGGCCUAUAUUCUUUUUCAUCAAAAGUAAGAAUUCACUGUUAUUUUAACACCUUGAGACGCACGGGGACCGUCAAGCACUUCCCGUAUAUAUAGUAUAUAGAUAGAUACCGUAUAACCUAAUUUGAGAGCAUAUAUGCGAUUUUAU